AUGACGACUAUAGGGGCUGACAUGGCUGAUACUGGCGCUUCAAAAAAUCCACGACCCCCUCGAAAAGGUAGCAUGGCGAGCCUUUUCUCAAAGAAACCAAGUUCAGCAAAUAUCACAACUGAAAAACCAAAGGGCAGCCGUUCAAGCUUUUUUCAGAACUUCAAGCUGAAAACAAACAGCGCGACUUUGCCCGAGGGGAAGGAAAAUGAGAGGGCUGCCGCCGAAAAGCCAAAUCAUCCGGCAUACGGAAUCCCGGGAGAGGACAUUCCCGUCUUCAGCGAGUCCUCAAGGAUAUCCGCACUAGGAAAUCGAAUUAGUAUUGCCGGCUUAGUUGAUCUUGACCAAGAACAUAAACCUGGUUGGCAACCGUUGUUCGGCAGCAACGUUGAAGAUGAGGUCCCCGAUGUUGACGAGGGCCCGAGCGCCUUCGAACCAGAAGUCCCAAAGAAUAAGGGAAAGGAAAAGUCUCGUCUCUACACGGACGAAAGUUUGGAAAAUAAUAUUCAGAACUCAGCUGAAUCGAUAAAUAAGCUGCCGGAGGGCUUACCGCAUGCCUAUCAGAUAAUAGCUGGUAGAGAUGCUCGCAAGUGUCCCCAAUACAACUGCUCAAAUCUUUACAACGGAUUCCCUGUUGGAGAACUGUGGAAUGACAAAGGCGAUACACUUGUGUACCUUUGUCCCAAAAACAUGACAACUCCCCAUGGUCCUAGCUUUUUGGUUGACUCGAUUAUAUUGCAAUCUACUUCCGACUACUGGGUCACAACAUUCUCACCAGUAUGGCAAAGUGGCUUUGAAAUCGACAAGUUGACAUAUCCUACUGCCAAAUUCGCGCUCUUUUUUGCCGCCGAUCGACCAGACGGCAGAAAUGAGGAAACAGAUCCACUGACUUUACUCAGACACUACAUCACGAUCAGAAAUGUAUUCGCCUGCAUAUUUGAUUCGUUUUGUGUUGGGUUGAUUGAGGAAGACUCUCCACUUUUGAGCGAUCUAGUGGAUCGCAUGUUGAUGUAUUUUGAUGGAUCUGAAGAUAGUCUUGGCGAGAAAUUGUCCGAGUUCAUUAAGAAAAGUGGCCUUUGGGACGUUAGCAAUGAUCCUGUUAAAGCAGUUGAUCUUCUUCAUCUUGCUGCUACAUACGAAAUGGAAGAUCUCUAUUUGGAGGCGUUCGCUCACAGUGUUGGAAUGUGGCCUCAAGUUCUUGCCUCUAAGGCUCACGAAGUUCUACCUGAAUCUGUUAUCACAAUUCUGACGUCCCGCCAUAAGAGACUGACCAAUAAGAUUGAUGUCUUUUCUCAGAAUAUGAAAGGGUUCCAUUUUAAAGAACUAUGGACUGUUAACUCGCCUGCCACAAAACUACCAAGCACAGUCCGGAAAGGAUAUGAGUCAAUGAGAACAUUUCUCUACAAAUACUAUACCACCGCUGGGUUUCCUAAAUGGCCACCAAAGGAUUUGACGACGCGUUCUGUGGUUUUAAGAAUCUACUCAGACUUUUGUGCCUUAUAUCGGCUACUCGUCGAUCGACAAUACACAUCCUCUGGGGCGUGUGCUUGCUAUCCAAGCUUGAUCAACUAUGUUUUAGCUUUGUAUCACAUUGAUCAAGCUGUAUGCAAGCGUGACGUUAGUAUGCCAUAUGGGAUUCCGAUUUUACCCGGCUACUUCGCCCAGACACUUACCGAAGGAGACCAACUCCGCCGGCCGGAAGCCUAUAGAGUUGACAUGGAACAAAAACUCAAACCUGAGGAGCUCGAUGGUGUACUCGAAAGGAUGUAUAACCAAGAUCAAGUUGCAGAUGCGCAAUCCGAAACCGCAGAGAGCAUCACUACCGCAUUUAUUGCAUUCGAAAAGUCAAUGAUGAAAGGGAAAACUUAUAAAGGGAUUGCAGAAAUGAGAAAGGGGUUUUGGUUGCUAGUCUAUGGAGUGUUAAAUGUCAUGGCUGAAUUAAGUGUGGAAGUUGAUGUAGUCUUCAAAGAUGAGGUGGAUUACCUCCUAUGCGCUGACACUAAGGGUGUUUUCAAUUGGGCAGGUAAAAGAGUAAAGCAGGAUAGCCAUCAAAAUACAGAUUUAGACGACCCAGAUUUUGAUAGGUGGAGUCUGGCAAGUCACCCUGGCACACAGCCUGGUGCGCAAUCACCGCCUGCUGCUGGAUCCUCUACAACAGCUGCAACCCCUCAAACAGGCGCUCUGGGGGCUGGAACAAAAGUGCGGGGGAAAAGUCGUGCUGAAAUGAGCUAUCCAUGGGUUCUGGCAGAAACUCCAGGUUGGGCCAUUGGAACACGCCAACGAGGAGUAUAG